AUGAGCGCGUUCGUUGUGGGAAAACGAGACGAGGUUUAUCAGAGUGCGCGAUGUGCAUACGCCGUGAAUAUAGGGUGAAGUUCUUUAUUUUUUCAAACAUCUGAUAAACACGUCAAGACAAUGUUUUCUGAUGAUUAUAGGCCAGGGAUUACGAUCAAAUCGUCAUGGAAAAGCCACAGAAAACAAAGAGAAAAUGGAUCUCAAACCAGUGAAGUUCUUACAUAUCAAGUAGACAUCCAGACUGUGGAACCACAAGACGCAGAAUGUCAAACUGUACCUGCAAGUGAAAUUUUGGAGAAAUCAUUAGCACUUGGAAACCAAAAUGUGAAUGAAACUACUCUUGUAGCAUUUCUGUCUUCUGUGGAACCUAUGAUUUCCAAGCAAUUGAUCAAAAAUUCAACAUUCAACGUUUUUGAAGAAGCAAAUUGGGGUUCAGAUUUUGAAUCAAGCGAUACUUCUAUGAAUUGUGAAUAUUCGUUACAAGAAACCACUGUGAAAAAUGAAACUAAAAAUGAUGAGAGCACAUUGGAGGUUACUUGUUUAUCAUGGAGCAGCAGUGGUGCAUCGAUUGCUGUUGCAUAUGGGAGCAUGAAACAUAUGGCAUGGGGCCAGACAAGAUCAUAUCUCUGUGUUUGGAAUCUUGACCGCUCAAGAUUAGACCAAUUCAAGUGUGACCAGAAGCUGGAGACAGAGAGCAGUUUACAAGCUGUUGCUUUCCAUACUACAAAUCCAGCUCUAAUUGCAGCUGGAUUGUUUUCUGGGGUUAUUCUGUUAUGGGAUAUAUCGAAAGACGAAGUUGUUUACAGUUCCGAAAGCCAUGAUGACCCUGUGACAUCAGUUUCAUGGCUGCAACCACAAUCACGCAAAUAUAUUGACUUGCUAUCAGCAAGUACUGAUGGGAAGUUAAUCACGUGGAAACAGAAAAUAAGUCAAAGUGAAAAACCACUGACCAUUGCCAAGAAGUUCCAGAUUAAAGCAAGUAGUGUAAGAAGCACUACCGGUGCACGGGGAUCUGGUUCUGUUGGUAUUACUUGUUGUGCAAUAGCAGUAUCUGUGAAAGAUGGAAUCGAAUAUACAGUCGGAGAUGAAAGAACGUUAAUCGCAGGAUGUGAGAACGGUGCAAUUGUCAAAUGUGUCAUUGAUGAAAAUAGUUAUGAAGAUGAUCCUGUAAAAUUUUCAUACAAAGGGCACCUUGGUCCAGUAUAUUCAGUAGAUUGGUCACCAUUUCACAGGAAUGUAUUCUUGACUUGUUCAACUGAUCAAAGAUGCAGAUUUUACCACGCUCUACAUGCAUCACCUCUAUGUGAAGUGACUCCCUACUCAGGAUCUGAUCAAUACUUAUAUUCUGUCAAAUGGUCUCCUGUUCGUGCUUUGACAUUGUUCUCUGUUGGAGGAUCUGGUUUUCUUACGGCUUAUGAUGCAAAUAAUCAAUAUGUUAUCAAUUCUGUGGAAAGCGAAGGUGAAAAUGGCAAGAAAUGUCGCAUCAACUGUGUUGAAGCAAACCAAAAACGAGCCCAAUAUGUUGCAACUGGUAACGUCGAUGGUAUUGUUCAUGUCUGGCAGCUUGGUUCUAAAUUCGCAUCACCUGAUGCAGAUGAAAACAACAAACUGAAAGAAUUGGCUGAGAAAGCAAUGUUGGAUGAUUAAUAAUAGAAUAAUCAUAUUGCAGCAAACCUUUGACUUCGGAAUGUAGCAAUCUUCAACACCUAUCUUGUAAAGCACUACUAGCAUAUGUAACUUCAGAACUGAACUGUCUCUUCUAGCAUUUUGCAAGGCCAUCAUAAUAAUUCAGUUAGUCUGAUACUAAGCGAAAGUGUCCAGUCUUAGACCAAAACGCAAUCACUCCUCUGUUCUCUCUCAAAAAAAUCCUUUGCUUUUCGUGAUUCUGUAGGUGCUAUUCGUACAAUAUGUAUGGUAUUGCAUGCGGAAACUGUUGCACUUUUAUUAAAUGUGUAUUUUUAUAAAUAAAAUUCAGCAAAUAUCA